AUGGUUGCCAAGUUUCUUUCCACCCUCCUCGUUGCUCUCGCCCUCUCCAAGGCCGUCCCGGUAAAGGCUUCGCCCUUUGGUCUCUGGGCUCGCGAUGGCUAUGGUUCGUCCUCGUCUGAGGAGUGCACCGAGUGUGAGAUGAAGACUGCGUCCAGCACGGAGUGUACGGAAUGUGAGAUGAAGACUGCCUCCACCACGGAGGAGUGCACGGAAUGUGAGAUGAAGACGUCGUCUUGUGUCCCUCAAACCGAGACGGUUACAACUACCUGUUACGCGACUGAGUCGACUGCGUAUACCAUCUGGCAGUCUGUCAUCAUUCCCGAGACGGUUACCACCACUUGCUACUCCACCGAGACCGAGACCUUGCCCGCCAAGUCCUACACCGAGGAGAUCACCGAGACCACUACUUGCACUUACACGACGACCGAAAUCGUUCCCACCACGUCGAUCUCGACCUGUACUUACACCACGACCGAGUACUCUCAGCUCCCCGCCAAGACAUCGAUCGAAGAGGAGUUUAUCACGGUUACCACGACGUGUUACAGCACGGAGACCAGCUCCUACCCGGUGACAUCGAUCUCGACUUGUACGUACACUACGACCGAGUACUCUCAACUCCCCGCCAAGACGUCAAUCGAGGAGGAGUUUAUCACUGUUACCACGACAUGCUACAGCACUGAGACUCAGAUGUUCCCUGUCACGUCAGUCUCGACAUGCUACGUCACGUCCACCGAAUACCAAGAGGUGACAUACAUCUCGACUUGCUACGUCACGGAAACUGCUUUGUACCCCGUCACAUCUAUCUCGACUUGUACCUACACGACGACGGAGAUGGUUCCCGUUACGUCGAUUUCGACUUGUACUUUUACCGAAACUACCACGGAGAGCUGCACGCCUACCACCACCGAGUGUACCGAGUGUGAGAUGAAGACGUCGAGCACCGAGUGCACGGAGUGUGAGAUGAAGACGUCGAGCACCGAGUGUACCGAGUGUGAGAUGAAGACGUCGAGCACUGAGUGCACGGAGUGUGAGGCGAAGACGUCGAGCACUGAGUGUACCGAGUGUGAGGCGAAGACUGCUACGUCGACUUGCGAGGAGUGUGAGUCCGCGACUGGUUACUAA